GUGUGUUUGUGUUACGUAUACGAAUAAAGAUUGUAAAUUUCCUCCUUCAAAUGCGAUUAUUUUGUUUAUUUGCUUGGAAGAGUGUUACAGAUAAGUUGUUAAAGCAACAUAACCUAGUCGGUAAGGGGCAGAAUUACAGUAACUGGGUAGGCGAAAGAGUCAAGUCAAGGUCAGAUUCGCGAGUACCGACGAUGCUUGCGACGUCGGACGCGAAGAUGACAGGGGAGGCGAAGCGCGAGGUCCUGCGGGUAUUUGAUCGGGCGGUAACGUCGGUAUUACCAGGCGUCCUGAUCAACACCAAGGUCAAGCUCGUGGAUUGCGCGUUCCUCUUGAUCGACGGCGUCCGUUACCCGAUCACCAAGCACGUGUACGUGGUGGGCUUCGGGAAGGCUGUCGCGGGUAUGGCAUACGCGAUGGAGCGGAUCCUCGAUGACAAACUGGUGCGAGGCAUAGUGUCGGUGCCCCGGCAGCCCUACCGUAAGUCCGCGCCCCCCGAGUUCGAGGACCUGCGCGAGAUGACGGAGAAGCAGCUGCAGGAGCUCCAGAUGCUGAAACGAUCGCGGAAAAUUGAGUACCUCGAGGGCGGCUCCGGUAAUCAGCCGGACGAUGACUCGGUCGCCAGCACAAAAAAAAUCGUCGCCCUAGCCGAGGGCCUCGGUCGCAAGGACACCCUCGUCGUUCUCAUCUCGGGGGGUGGCUCGGCCCUCCUCUCCCUCCCGAAGAAGCCACUGACGAGUGCCGGGAAGCGCGACCUCUGCAUGAGACUGCAGAACGCGGGUGCCAGUAUCACGGAAUUAAACCACGUAAGGAAGCGGCUGUCGGUGGUGAAAGCUGGCGGACUCGCCAGAAUUGCGUAUCCGGCCAAGGUCAUUGCUCUCGUGCUCUCGGACAUUGUGCGCGACCCCAUCGAGUUCAUUGCCAGCGGGCCCACUUGUCCUUUCGUCUCAGAUAGUGCGGUAAACGAUGCGAUUGAGAUUCUGAAGAAAUACAAUAUCUAUGAUGGGGUUGGAAAGGAGGUGCAGGAGUUGCUGUCGAGCACCGAUGAGGGCACCUUAAAAGAGGAAGCAAUGAUAGAGGAUGGAAAAUUUAAGCACGUAACGAAUAUAUUGAUUGGGAACAAUUUAGUGGCAUUGAAAGCUGCGGAGGAGGCAUCCAGACGUUUUGACUUGGCAAGUGUCAUUCUAUCAAAUACAGUGGAGGGUGACGUUAAGGAAGUUAGUUAUGCUUAUGCAAAAUUCACAAGAUCGGUUUGUCAUAUUUUGGAAAGAAAUUUUUGCAACAAAUUGGAAUUUGUCGACGAGGUGUUGCAAAAGAACGUUGGAGUAUUGGAUAUUGCUGUUGAGAAGCUCGGUGAAACAUUUGAUAGAUUGGUAGAGGUGGCGAAGGGCAAGAGUGCGUUGUUGCUCUUUGGUGGCGAGCCAACAGUUACCGUGCAAGGAGAUGGCAAAGGUGGAAGAAACCAAGAGCUUGCCCUUCGUUUUUCUUUGGACUGGCUCUCAGAGAUUUCCAAGGAUCCCGUGUUAAUAAAUUAUUUUGUCCUCUUUCUUAGCGUUGGUACGGACGGUCAAGAUGGACCAACCGAUGCUGCUGGUGCUUUUGGAGAACCUGCUUUUCGACCAAAGAUGAUGAGCGUUCGUCAAGAUCUCUUGGAACGAAAGGACCUGACGCUCGACCCAGACAUAUUAAAAUCGUUAAAGUACAAAAUUGAGCAAAUAGAGAGAAUGUUGCCAGAGAGGGUUUUAAAGAGAAACGACAGUAAUACAUUUUAUUCAAAAUUUGUCAAUGGUAAGUAUCUGGUGAGAACCGGCCUUACCGGUACAAAUGUGAUGGACUUGAAUUUCAUUUAUGUGAGAAAGAGGGAGUGCGAAUGCAACGUUCAAAGAGCAACUUUUGUCUGUGAUUAUUUACAGCCUAAAAUUGGCGAAGAUCCAAUCUUUGUGUUCGACAAAGUUGCUUAAGCUACUUUGAAACUUUUAACAAAAAUCAUGGACUGAUAUAAAGACAAA